AUGCCUUGCCCUACAAAUGAUGAUGAUCCAAAGUCUUCCCAAUGCAAGCGUUCAUCGAAAUCAAACAAACAAGGAGGAAUUUUUGGAGGCGUUGCCGUUAUACUGAUUAUUAUUGGAGUGAUCAUAAUAACUUUUGGUCGCAAAAGCAUGAGAAGACUUAAGUCAGUUGAAGUUGUUGUCUCUGAGAUUCCAGUACAGGACUUGGAAAAAACGCCGGCGGCUUCUUCACUUAAUUACGGUCAGGCCCGUAUUCCUCACCACGAGCCCGCGUCGUUUGUUGCAGAUUCUCAUUCAAUAGACCUGCCCGAUUAUUUCACUAUUGUACAAAAAGAUAGUGAAGACGUUUAUCCAUCUGUAGAUGUAGCCUUUUGGACAGAAGAUAGGGAUGUUUCUGAUGAUGAAAACCCUCCACCAUGUUACGAACAAGCGCUUAAAAUCUCAGGAUUGCUGACAACUACAAAUGAUGUUGAGGUCCAACUUGAACAAGGAAGAUGUAAAGAUACAAGACUGUAA